AUGGCACAACGAAUCGAAAAGGUAGCAGUCCACACCGGCGCCGCAGCCACUGGCAAAGGAGCCUUUCUUACUUCUCAUGGUGGCGUGGCUGCAGAGCAACUCAUGGAUAUAACUGCAAAUCGCGUCAUCCCCGCAGCUGUUGGCGCAAAGGCAUUCCUCGCAUCUCACGGUACCUCGGCCGGGGAACGAAUCAAAAACAUUGCCACCGAGCAUCCCGUCGCUGCUGCGGUAAUUGGUACCGGAGCCGCUGUUGUGGCAGCCCCAGCUCUCCUGUCUACCCCAGCUUUGGCCGCAGCAGGAUUCAGUUCUUCGGGAAUAACAGCAGGAUCUCUCGCGGCGACCAUACAUAGCGGUAUUGGGUCCGUCGCUUCUGGCAGCGCCUUCGCAACUCUUCAGAGCGCCGGCGCCGGCGGAGCAAGUCUGGCGAUUGUGAAUGGCGUCGCACAGGGUGUUGGGGUUGGUGCGGUCACUUUGGGCGGGCUUAUGGGAUACUUCGGUGGAAAGGGCGAUCAGGAGGAAGCUGCUGACGAUGAGACAAAGAGCAAUGAGGAACGGGAAGACCAGAUGGAGGCCCAGGAUCUCUAA